CAAACGUGCAAUAACUCAGCCACUCUUUCUCUCCACUAACCACUUACCAUGUAUCCUACCGACGGCAUCCGGUCUCAGCUUGAGUGGUCUAGCACCCUGACCUCCCUCACCAUUCCCAGUGCUGAGGAGGAGUCCAAGUACCUGCGCAAGACCGCCAUCAUUGCAACGAUCGGUCCUAACACCAACAGCGUCGAGAAAUUGUCCGAGCUUCGUCGCGCUGGCGUCAAUGUCGUCCGCAUGAACUUCUCCCAUGGAGAGUAUUCUUACCACCAGAGUGUCAUCGAUAACACCAGGAAGGCCGUUGCGGCCGAUCCUGCUGGUCGCCCCAUGGCAAUCGCGUUGGAUACCAAAGGACCGGAGAUCCGCACUGGUGUGACCAGAAACGGUGUCGACUGGAAAAUCUCUGCUGGACAUGAGUUCAUCAUCUCCACCGACGAGCAAUACAAAGAGAGCUGUGAUGAUCAGGUCAUGUUCGUUGACUAUGCCAACCUGCCCAAAGUCACCGCCCCAGGAAAAUUGAUCUACGUCGACGAUGGUAUCCUGUCACUGCUCGUUCUGAGCAUUGAGGGAGCCAACGUGCGCGUACGUGCCGUCAACAACGGAGCGAUCUGCUCUCGCAAGGGUGUCAACCUUCCCAAGACCGAUGUUGAUCUCCCUGCCCUGUCCGAGAAGGACAAGCGCGAUUUGCUCUUCGGCGUUAAGAACGGAGUCGACAUGAUCUUCGCCUCCUUCAUCCGACGGGCCCAGGAUGUGAAGGACAUCCGCACUGUGCUUGGCCCCGACGGUGCCAACAUCAAGAUCAUCUGCAAGAUUGAGAACGAGCAAGGAGUCGCCAACUUUGACGAGAUUCUUCGCGAGACGGACGGAAUUAUGGUGGCCCGUGGUGAUCUUGGUAUCGAAAUCCCUGCCAGCCAAGUCUUCCUUGCCCAGAAGAUGAUGAUCGCGAAGUGCAACAUUGUUGGAAAGCCUGUUAUCGUUGCUACUCAGAUGCUCGAAGUGAGUGCCCAUAUGCUUCUGUCUGAUUGUUAUAGUACAACCCCCGUCCGACGCGUGCUGAGGUCAGCGAUGUUGCCAAUGCUGUUCUUGACGGUGCCGACUGCGUCAUGCUCUCCGGAGAGACUGCCAAGGGUUCAUACCCCAUUCAGUCUGGUGCGUGUGCUGAUGAUGGCGGAAACCUGUUUGCUCGCCGAAGCUGCCAUCUGCUACCCGCCGCUCUACGCAGAGUUGACUGCCGUUCAGAACCGGCCAACUCAGACGGUUGAAACGGUCGCUAUCGCUGCAGUGGCUGCCGCUUCCGAGCAGAACGCCAGUGCCAUUCUCGUGCUGUCGACGAGUGGUAACACUGCCCGUCUCAUCUCCAAGUAUCGCCCCAAGGUUCCGAUCAUCACCGUGAGCCGCAACGAGCAGACCACUCGGCAGAUUCACCUGCACCGCGGCUGCUAUCCGUUCUGGUACCCGGAGCCUCGAGGUGUCCAAGACCACCAGUGGCAGAUCGAUGUCGACAACCGCAUCCGGUUUGGUCUGCGCAAUGCCAUGAACCUCAAGCUGGUUGCGCCGGGAGCGACUAUCAUUGCUGUGCAGGGAUGGAAGGGCGGUCUGGGGCACACCAACACCAUGCGUGUUCUCACUGUCCCCGAGGUGGCUGACUUGGAGAUGCUGCCUCUCACUGCUUGAAUAAAGAAAUUGCAUCUGUAGAACCGAAUAUUAGCUGUACUUUUUUACGCCAAGCCAAUCAAUAUAGAAGUCACGUUGAUGGGAAAUCUGAUCAUGUCGCGAUUUUGGUCUCAGCCCGCGUCCACUGCAUGUCCUUCACCAAAAGACGCAGCGGAAGUAUCAGAGGGCGCUUGCCACACUUUUCCUCCGUAAUUCAAGAGAAGUAUCAUGGCCGCCAUCCACCAUGGUUCGUGCCCUACGCCAUGGGCAUCCCGGGCCGUGCGCGACCUCUCAAGGUGUGGAUUCUCAACCCGACGCGGGUACACCAAUCCAGUAUCUCCACAUUCGGUCCCAAGAAGGGCUUGCUCAUCCUAUUCCUAUUCGUCGCGGGCAUUCUGGUCGUGACGACGUUUGCGGUGACGAGGUGGUUCGGGCCAAAGGAGCAGUCAUGGCCAGUCUUCACCAGUGAUCCACCCACGCUCGUCUUCCAUCGCGAAGACAUUGCCAGGAUAUGGUCGUGGGAGAUUAAAAGCGGGCAUUAUCCUAGCAGGAGACGAAUACCUCAACAGGUCGGCCUGAAUGAAACGUUCGAUAACCCCGCACUUCCCCCUCGGCGCGCGACUUUCCCAACCCGAAUCCACGUCCCGGCUGGGCUUGGUGUCACAAUAACGCGCGGCGUUGGGGCGAGGCGAGUAUAUUUGGACGUUCAAAGUCAGCCCCCACAUGUCGCAUAUCCUCCAAGACCUGUGCCAGGAAGUAUUGCCGAUUUGGACAUCGUCAUGGAACAUUGCGACUUCUCGGAAAACAAGUAUGUUCGAGACUGCCUCGAGGUUCUGCGGGUCGGUGCUGGACUCGAUAACGGAAGACGCCUCAGGAGAGGCAAAAUGCAGGACUUCCAGUACAUUUUCGUCGAACAAACCGAUCCUGAAGACCCGCCUGCUAUAGUGGAAGACCAGAAACCGUUGAUCGCACCCUUGAUCACAGACGUGGCGUCGGAAACACUGUCAGACGUCGGGUUGGUCAAGAAAAAGGGGAUUGCUUGGGAGGUUCCUCCGAUUGCUCUUACACAAGAACGCCCAUACAAAACACAUUCUACUCCCGGCGAACCCUGUGAUCCUGAAAACCCGCGCUAUUUCCACCUGUUCUGGACUGGGCCGUUCACGGACAAACCGUAUCUAGCUCUGCUCAGUUUCUUGUUCACCCAAAACACGGGGCUCAAUGCGCAGGAUAACCAGGAGAGUCUUGUUUGCCGACCGAAGUUCUUGCUUUGGAUCAAUCCGGGCCCCGCUGCAGCCAUGCCUAAUCCGUCGGCGCGCCGAGAGAUGUUCGACGAGCUCAAGGCGAAUCCGUGGGCUGCGCCGUUCCUGCACCCCCGAUUCAAGGAUGUGAUCGAGUUUAGGCUGUGGAACACAACCGAACAGUUGGACGGGGUCAAGGAAAUCGCUGGAGACUGGCGCAGGCACGAUCUCUUCAACUCCGGUGGACAUAUCAUCAGUGUGCCCGCUAAGCAUAGCGCAGAAACGUCCGCGGCAUCAGCGUCGGAUCCUACGGAGCCUGUUAUCACCGCCAAAACCGAAGGCAACGACAUGCUCAACAGGAUAGGGUCCAAGUCUUCAAGCUCGUACGACCGCCUCAGUGUGAUCCUUUCGGACAUGGCACGCUUUAUCCUGUGUCACAGAUAUGGCGGCAUAUAUCUUGAUGCCGACACACUUUUGCUUCGUGAUUGGGAGGAACUGUGGGGAUGGAGGGGUGCCUAUGCAUACCGCUGGAGUCGACUGGAAAAAUACAACACCGCUGUGCUGCAUCUGAACAAAGGCUCGGCGCUUGGAACGUUCCUAUUUCGAACUGCGCUGAAGAACAAUCUUGAUUUCCAUCCUAUGACCGUCUCCAGAUAUCUCAAGGAAGCACAUCUUGAAGGGUUACUCCUGCGACUCCCCGAUGCUUUGUUUGAUUCGGCCUGGCUCAGCACAGAGUAUUAUCAGUGGAAGCGACCGCCGCAGCCGUUCUUCACAGACUUUGGCGAUUUCUUCGACACGCCUCCAGAGUCCAGUGCUGCUCCCCAUGCAUUGGGCUUCGACGGUUUUUUCAAGGGUGCAUUCUCAUAUCACUUCCAUAAUUAUUGGUGGAAGCCUUUCGACCCAGCGCGCAAUUGGCCAGAUCUCGGACCCCGAUUCAAAGCAGGAGAGGAUGCUGCACGGCUCAAAGCCAUGGCCGCUGUGACCAGCACCCCGCAGCAGUCGGCGACUACUAUGGCUUCUCCGGCCGAGGUCGAGGACGAAGCCGAUCAGCGGGAUUUAGAUUGGUCGACUGUCAUGAAGAGGACGUUUGAGGCCUACGUCCGAGGAGAGCGGCCAUCGAUGUAUGGAGAGUGGAUCCAGUGGUAGCUGGAAGUGUAGUAUACAUA